CAAAACAUUUUUUCCCUUUGUUCCUAAGUUACAGGAAAUUCAGUGUUUUUCUUUAUAUAGCUAGAUUUCAAAGCAAAAGCAGCGCGUUCCUUCAUUGCAUCCGCAUGAUCAGAAGGUGAAAGAUUUUGUUUGAUUAUCAGUUUGGUCACACAAGUUGUUGAUGAUCACGUCGUUAACCUAACAAUUCAUCUCAUUCUUCUCAGAGAAAUCUCGUUUCUUUCACACUUUUUUUGUGCGAAGUUGGCAUCGAAAUUCUUUUAGUCCAUCCUCGAGGUGGGUUUUAAUCGGAGAUGAAGAAUCCGGCGAGUGAUGUUAUGAUGGAGAUUGAGUCAAGCAAACCGGCAGGGAACGGCCGGAUGGUGGUGGGGGGCUUGAGUCCGCUGAGUGAGACCCUUUGGAGGGAUAAGACUAACACCGAGUUCAUCGGAGAUGUGUCCGCGAGGCUGACAUGGAAGGAUCUAACGGUGAUGGUGAGUCGCAGCAACGGAGAGACCCAGAAGGUUCUGGAGGGACUCACCGGAUACGCCGAGCCCGGUACACUGACAGCUCUCAUGGGUCCUUCCGGUUCUGGUAAGUCCACCCUUCUGGAUGCUCUGUCUAGCCGCCUUGCCGCCAACACUUUCCUCUCCGGUACCAUUCUCCUCAACGGCAGGAGAACCAAGCUCUCCUUCGGAACUGCGGCCUAUGUGACUCAAGAUGACAACCUGAUCGGAACCCUGACAGUGAGGGAAACGAUUUCAUACUCUGCUCGACUGCGCCUCCCCGAUCAGAUGCCAUGGCCGGACAAACGUGCUCUUGUUGAAAGCACCAUUAUCGAGAUGGGUCUCCAAGAUUGCGCUAAUACUGUCAUCGGAAAUUGGCAUCUCCGAGGGGUCAGCGGAGGAGAGAAGCGACGAGUCAGCAUCGCUCUCGAAAUUCUGAUGCGACCCAGAUUACUCUUUCUCGAUGAACCCACAAGUGGUUUAGACAGUGCUUCGGCUUUCUUCGUGACGCAGACACUCCGGGGACUAUCUAGAGACGGAAGGACUGUAAUAGCUUCCGUUCACCAGCCAAGCAGUGAAGUCUUCGAACUGUUCGAUCAACUGUAUUUGCUUUCUGGGGGCAAAACUGUUUAUUUUGGCAAGGCUUCAGACGCGUACGAGUUCUUUGCGCAAGCUGGAUUCCCAUGCCCGGCUUUAAGAAAUCCAUCCGACCAUUUCCUCCGAUGCAUCAAUGCUGAUUUUGACAAAGUUAAGGCUACUCUUAAAGGGUCCAUGAAACUUCGGUUUGAGGAAAGUGACGAUCCACUGGAGAGGACGACAACAGCUGAAGCUAUCAGAAAUCUCAUUGACUUCUACCAAACAUCUCAGCAAUGUUACUCUGCAAAGGAGAAGGUCGAGGAGAUAUCAAAAGUUAAAGGGACUGUGCUAGAAACUGGAGGCAGUCAAGCUAGUUUCUUGAUGCAAUCGUAUACUUUGACAAAACGUUCCUUUGUUAACAUGUCUAGAGACUUUGGGUAUUAUUGGCUUAGGCUUCUGAUUUAUAUUGUUGUUACUGUCUGCAUUGGAACAAUUUACCUGAACGUGGGCACGAGCUACAGCGCAAUUCUGGCUAGGGGAGCAUGUGCAUCUUUUGUCUUUGGCUUUGUCACGUUCAUGUCAAUUGGAGGGUUUCCUUCCUUUGUGGAAGACAUGAAGGUUUUCCAGAGGGAGAGGCUAAAUGGUCACUAUGGAGUGGCUGCAUUUGUUAUAGGAAAUACGAUAUCGGCAAUGCCAUUCCUAAUCAUGAUCACCUUCAUCUCUGGAACCAUUUGUUACUUCAUGGUCAAUCUUCAUCCUGGUUACCAGCAUUACCUUUUCUUUGUUCUGUGCCUUUAUGCCAGCGUCACUGUGGUUGAGAGCCUGAUGAUGGCAAUAGCCAGUAUUGUCCCCAAUUUCCUCAUGGGUGUUAUCAUAGGAGCUGGAAUUCAGGGAAUAUUCAUGCUUGUUUCUGGGUACUUUAGACUCCCAAAUGACAUCCCAAAACCUAUCUGGCGUUAUCCCAUGUCUUACAUUAGCUUCCACUUCUGGGCUCUACAGGGGCAAUACCAAAAUGAUCUAAAAGGGUUGUUAUUCGACAAUCAAUCACCAUUUCUUCCUAAGAUUUCUGGGGAGUACAUCUUGGAGAAUGUGUUCCAAAUCGAUGUGCAUCGAUCAAAAUGGAUUGAUUUGAGUGUGCUCUUUAGCAUGAUCGUGAUAUAUCGCGUCAUCUUCUUCAUCAUAAUUAAGGUCAAUGAGGACAUUACUCCUUGGAUAAGAGGAUACAUAGCAAGGAAAAGAAUACGUACAACAUAACAAGGGAACUUAGAACACAACAAUUAUGCUUGUUGCCCUGGCACACUCUCCUUCUUUAACGACUUACGCCGCCAAACCUGCAUCUCAUAAUCUAAAUAUAGGUUUAUAAUUUUCCAGUUACUAUACAUUGUUCAGUCCAUAUUUAUUGGAUGCCUUCAGUUUAUAUAAUAAGUGAAAAUGUGAAAA